AUGCAUAAGUUGUUUGUUGAACAAGAAUUUCUAACAAUUAAGAAGGCCGAUUUUGUACAAGAUGUGUUAACAUUAGAGGACUUUAAAUAUGCAUUCUCUUUAGUUACAUCGCGAGCAUGGGAAAGCUCUCGGGGUGUAUCUAUGAUUCCUUUUGCAGAUUUUGCAAAUCAUAGUGACCUUUCGGAGACGAUUGUAUUAAGUAAUGAAGAGGAACAGCUCUCAGAGGUUAUUGCGGAUUACAGUUAUGCUCCUGGUGAUGAGGUGCUCAUAAGAUAUGGAAAGUUUUCAAAUGCAAGACUCCUUUUGGAUUUUGGAUUUACUCUUCCUUGUAAUAAGUACGAACAGGUUCAAGUUGAGCUGAGUAUACCUCAUGAGGGCAACCUACGUCAGUUGAAGUUGGAGCUUUUGAGUAGACAUAAGAUGCUAAUUCUUAAAGAUGUCAAUGGAUUAAGCUCUUCUGAGAACUCGUUCGCGCUCAAGGAGAUAAAUGAUUUGGCAGAGGAAGCUGCGGAAAAUGAUGGUCGACUGGCUCGGCGUCCACUCAAGGACAAGAGCAGAGAGAUUGAAGCACAUCAGUUUUUGCAAUCAAAAAUCAAUGAGAUAAUAGAAGAGUAUAAUGCAUCUAUUAAGUCAUUGGAGCUGCCUGCUACUCUCUGUAUGGUUGGAAAACAUGAUCUGCGGAGACAAAUGGCUCAAUGCCUUCUCAUUGGUGAGCUUCGUGUACUGAAAUCUGCUGCACUAUGGCUGGAAAAUUAUUGUGCAACUUUAUUCAAAGUUUAG